UUAUUUACAGAAGAAAUGUCGAUAGCACAGUUUUUCGAAAACCAGGAGAUCUUCAUCACUGGCGGCUCAGGCUUCAUUGGUAAGGGUCUUAUCGAAAAAAUUUUACGCUCUUGCCCGAAUGUAGCUGCAAUAUUUGUUUUGAUGCGCCCAAAAAAAGGCAAAUGCAUAGAUGAGCGUCUGCAAAAUAUAUUGCAUUCAAAACUCUUUGAACGAUUACGAGAAGAGCAGCCACAAAAUUUGCAGAAAGUCCAUGCAAUAGCGGGUGAUUGUAGUCAACUGGGUUUGGGUAUUAGCGAAGAUGAUUUGUUACGCUUACAGAAUGUGAAUAUUAUAUAUCAUUCGGCAGCGAGUGUAAGAUUCGAUGACCCAUUGCGUGAAGCUAUACUCAUGAAUACACGCGGCACUUAUGAGCUCAUCAAAAUCGCAGAGACUCUGAAACAUCUGAAGGUGUUUAUGCAUGUUUCCACUACAUAUUGUUAUCCCAACAGACAUGUUGUUGAAGAGAAGUUCUAUCCCUCUUAUGCGGAUUGGCGUACAACCAUCAAAUUAGCUGAAACUUAUAGCACAGAAUCUUUGAAUAUAUUUAAUCUUAAAUAUGGCGAUUUCCAACCAAACACUUAUACAUUUACGAAAAGUUUAGCUGAACAAAUUAUUAAGGAGUACAAGGAUCGAUUGCCUUUGCUGAUAUUUCGUCCAUCAAUAGUGGUUUCAUCAAUUGAAGAUCCUGUGCCCGGUUGGGUAGACAACUUCAACGGUCCCAUUGGAAUGUUGGUGGCUUGUGGUAUUGGUAUUUUCCGCACAAGCUGUGCCGAACCGGAUAUUGUCUCUGACUUUGUGCCAGUAGAUGUGGUCGUACGUUCCAUGCUAAUUGCAACCUAUCGUAAGGGAACUGAAGAAUGGAAUAAGAAUGAUCCGAAAGUGGAGGUAAUUAAUUGUGCUGCUUCCAAAAUAUGUCCCAUAACGACUGGCGAAGUUAUCGAGAUCGGCAAGAGAGUUAUCAAGGAUACACCAUUUGAAAAGACAUUGUGGGUGCCAGAUGGCAGCAUAACACGUUGUCCAGUGUGGAAUUUCAUUCGGUUCGUUACUCUGCAUGUUUUAGUGGCAAUUUUCGUCGAUUUUGCCUUGCGUUUUACCAACACGAAACCAUUUCUUUUGAAACUACAACGUCGAAUUUAUGCUGCUACUUUGGCUCUGCAUUUCUUUGUAAAUACAGAAUGGGAUUUCAAAAACGAUAACUUUUACGCUUUGAAUUCAUUUGUGCCGGAUUCGGAAGAACAUAUAUUCGGCUUUUUACAAUUCAGAGAUCUUGAUUAUGAACAAUUCUUUCGCUCAGGUAUACGAGGCGCUCGCGUAUUUUUAUUGAAUGAACCGGCAACGUGUUCCCAAGGCGCCCUGACACGCAUGAAGAUUUACAAAGUAUUACAUUUCCUAAUUAAGUUAAUCGGAAGUGUGUUGAUUCUGCGUUGGAUUGGACGCUUUCUUUAUGCAAAAUUUUAUGCCACUUUCGUUUAGUUGGAUGAAAAUACCAAAUAUGAAGUCAUUGUUAAUUUUCUUUGACUAUAGGCUAUUAAAUAGUUUUUUUGUGAAUAAA